AUGACGGUGACGGGACAUGACAACAUCCCGUUUACUUUGAUAGAACGAGCUAAGACCCUCACCGAUGCUAUUUUAUAUGUGAAUGAUGCAUUUUUGGACGCCAAAAUUCUAACACAGAUGAAUAUUGUUAAUGUGUUUUCCGAGGAAGCAAUGAUUGAAGAGCAGAUAUUCAACAAAUUCACAACUACGUUAGAAAUACCUCUAGAGGUUCGACUAGGAAUUUCUGAGCCACAUACCAAGCUACCCCUGGCCCCUAACUCCCAGAGGCUCUAUGACAUUCUAGAUGAAAUUUUCGUACACGCAUACCGUUGGCAUCAUGGUCCUAAUCACAAUUUCAGCUCCAUUUUUUGGGAUCUGGCCGACAUGUUUAAAAAGCAAGCACAUCCGAUCUACCCAGUAUCCAGCCAACCAAUUCCAGAAACUCAAUUAGAAUGGAUUUGCAAAGAUCCAACAUUUGUCCAAUGGGGUAAAAGCCCUGGCGUCUCUAUUUUACAUGUCUGCGGCAGUGACAAUAUAACAGACAUCGCUCCUUACAUUUUUCAUCAACUCGAUGUUAGUCGAAACAGACCAUGGCGUUUUCAAGGAAGCAUUUACUACUUCAAGUUCAGUCGGCAUGAUGUGCGUCGGGAUUCCAUCGGAAAAAUGGCGACUGCAUUCGUGAAUGCUAUUUGCACACGAAAAUUUAUGGCAGUAGAUCAAAUGAAUGGAUCUCUCGGAGAGCUGUUUCCUGGGUAUUGGUCAGACGAAGAUGCUUGGACAACUUUUACUCAACUUAUGUUUCGACUAGGACAAGAUCUGAUGGGGACUUUUAUUAUUGAUGGCCUGGAUGAGUGCGAUGACUCAAGAAUCAUGCUCAUAUCUGACCUACUCUAUUUGGCAAAAUCUUCAGAGCGGCCAGUUAAAUUUGUCAUCACGAGCACCUCUACCUUCAAUGAAGACAUAAGAAGAGCCCUGCAAGAUUGCCUGACAAUUGACCUCGAUAUUUCACAAGAAAAUAUCAUGGAAAUUAAAGAGAAAGACCUAUUUGAGUUAGAGCUCCUGGAUCUUCUCUUUCAAUGUCGCCCAUAUCUCAAGGGUUCAAGAAAGGAUAUACAAGGUCUCUUGGAAAGCUGCGGAGUGGACUUUCAAUUACGCCGUCAAGUCCUUAGUUGGCUCCAAGUUAGCAGUUCUGUGUCCUCAAUAUCAGGCCUAGUCAGAGAAAUACACAUGCUGUCACCUUUGACUUCCGAGAGGCUCUUUUAUAGGAUCCUCGACACUAUCCCGCUCUCGAAACUAUCUUGGGCCCAAAAAAUAGCAGAGUGGGCUGUGAACGCUCUCCAGCCGCUUCGAAAGAAACAAAUAGCCAUUGUUACUUCUCUUUAUAAAGAAUCAGAGGAAUCAAUCGAUUCAGUGGCCGAACUUGAGAACUUUGACAUCGUGGCGGACAUUCGCGAGUGCUUCGGACCCAUUCUUGCAUUUGAGAAUGGUGAACUACACUUCGCGAGCCCAUGUUAUCGUCACUUACUCUCUAGACAUCUCAGAAACGUGUGGAAAGUAUCUGAUGCGAACUCCCAUUGGAGGAUUGCCGAAUGUUGCGUUGCAUAUUUCGAUAUCCCAGAGGUUCAGAAACAUCUAAGCCAGUUACAUGGACAAGAGAGAAUUUCCCUUGAUCCUCUCACUGGAGCGGAUGAGUUUUUUUACUAUGCUCUUCGAUUUCUUCCGGCACAUUACGACCUUGGACUCGAUGUAUCCAUUGAACUGGAACAAAAUUAUAAAACUACCGAGGGCAGUGACGGGGAUGAGAUGGUAAUGCUUAAGAGCAUGGCAUUGCCACCAGCUCUUGUACGUUUCUACAGAAAUCACAUUGACGAGGGAUAUUGGUCAGCUGCUAGUGCCUCUUCUUUCACGUGCCAAUCCUUUCUGGCCAAUUAUUUGCUACUUCCGCUGGAUGCAAUUCACAGUCCAGGUCGAUUGAGACAAAUUCAAGACCGGGACUUACUCAUGGGCCUACAUGAAUCCGUCAUGAUUGCAGCAAGCGUUGGAGAGCGUCAUUAUAUUCUGAAAUCUCUAGAAACCGGAUUAUUUGACCAACACAUACUCAAGCAGACCCUUUUGUCAGCUGUAAAAUUUGGGCAGAAUACUAUCGCAUCAGACCUCAUAAGAUAUGUUACAAACAGUGCUUUGGAAGGUUUCGAAUGGCCUGAUAUGCUCAUCUGUCGAUUAUCGUGGCUUGGGAAAAGGGACUUGGUCGAGCUGUGCCUUGCUGCAGGUGCAUCUGCCGAUACCAGAUAUGAAGAAGAGCAACAAGUUUGGACUCAGGGACCUCUUGACUUCGCAGUAUCAAAGAACCGGAUACAGACUAUUGCUUUACUCCUAAAACACAUCGACCUGAAGUCAGAAUACGCGAGUCGUCUCUUGGAGACAGCAUUGGAGUUCGGAUAUACUGAAACGGUGUCAAUGCUUCUGGAUCAAACAGAGCUGAAGCUUGAAAACCCAUCAUUAUUCCUUGCAAUUUCAAGUGGAAACUUUAUAGCAAUCCGAGAACUGAUAUCGAGUGAUAAGUGGAAGAACGUGGCCCGAACUGUCCAUGCAUAUGAACUUUCUUCUGCCGCUGGUUACGGGUAUACCAAGUGCGUGGAGGCACUUCUCCAUUACAGAGCAUACUUCAAUAUUGAUGCUGCUCUGCGCAAAGCAGCACAGAACGGCCACAUAGGAACUUGCCGACUUCUAAUCGAUAAUGGCGCCAGAGUUGAAACGGAGCUGAAUAAAAUGAUUAUCAUGGGCGCAAUAGGGUCCGGACGGGUCGAGUCACUCCAACUGAUGGUGGAUAGAGGUGCAAUUAUUGAUGCUGAUAUCCAAAACACGGCUCUUACAUUGGCUUCGAAAUCUGAAUGUUGGGAUACAGUUCGUUAUCUUGUGGAGAAGUCAGCUGAUGUCCCUAUGAAGCCUGGCGACAGCUUUGAGGGUACACCAUUGUAUUACGCGAUCAUUAAUGGCUCCGCCGAGAUUGCAAGACUGCUAAUAGAUGCUGGAACAUCACUUACUCCAAUAUCAGGCGCUGAGAAAAUGACCUAUCUACACUUGGCGCUGGCAUCUCCUGCCAUGAUCAAAGUUCUUCUGGAGCAGAGUGCCCAUCUCGAGAGUGAGUCAAUAUGGGGGACGCCGCUAUACCUAGCAAGCCGAUCUAAUUACUUGGAAUCCAUCCAUGAAAUACUCAAAUUCAGCCCAAAUAUCGAAUAUGUGCUCAAUAACAAGGAUUCUGCGGAAAAUGGCUAUACACCUCUGAGAAUCGCCAUCUCUAGGGGCAAUAUACAAGCCGCAAGGCUUUUACUCGACGCUGGGGUUAAUGUUAAUGCACAAAUACAAAGAGACAGAACAACACCACUUCAUGCCGCCAUGGGUAUUGGCAGUGAAGAUAUGAUUGCUCUCCUAUUGGAGUACAACGUAAAAACAGAACUACCAGACAGCCAGGGACGGACUCCUCUGCUCCUUGUGAACACAAAAACAUCUGUGUCCAUGGUCAAGCGGAUUGUGAAUCGUGGAGGAGACAUUGAAGUCCGUGAUAAACACACUUUCACCCCUCUCUGUGUGGCCGUUCGGGAAUAUAACCAUGCAGUGACAGAGUAUCUGAUCAAGAGAGGUGCCCACCUAGCAGUAUCAGUUACUGGCUAUGGGAGUCCCCUCCACAUUGCUUGUCGUUAUGCAGAUCUCAAGAUGGUCAAGCUUCUAGUCGAAGGCGGCGCAGAUGUAAAUUUUACACACCCUGAUCUACUCGGUACACCACUGAUGACAACAUGCCUAUACCUUAGAAAGGACACCGAUGAAGGGAAGAAGAAGAUUAUGUCGUACCUACUGGAUGACGGCAGAACCGAUAUCAAUAUAGUCACUGGCGCAUUUGGUACGAUUUUGAGCAUAGCAUGUAUCAGAUGUGAGCCUGAGAUUAUUCACCUUCUACUUACCAAGAAGGCGAACAUCAGUGCUACAGAUGAUAUAGGCAGACAACCUAUUCACUUUGCAGCUCUAAGUACAGCAGAGCAUCUGGCCUUAUUAAUCAAAUCUGGAGCCGACAUCUUUGCGAAAGACAAGAUAGGCAGAUCAUGUAUCCACUAUGCUGCCAGUAGUGGCCGCGUGGACCUGGUGGAAAAGAUACUUGAUUACAUGGAAGAUGCAAUAAAUGAAGAGGACAAUAAUGGCUGGACUCCUCUUUUAUGGGCUACCCGCUCUUGUGGCCAGGAGAAAUCCGAAACAGAUGGAUGCUUUAAUGUGAUCAAUAUUCUCCUUGAACGUGGAGCUAACCUCUUCGUGAGAGGCGAAGGAUAUGCUAGCAGCUGGACACCUGCCGAGUACCAUGCAUUUGGGUGGAAAAGAGGUAUUGAAUGGGAUGGUAACAAGUUUUGCAGCGCUUGCUUAUUGGAGAUACGCGGAGAAGGCCAUAUCUGCGAAACUUGCCAAGACUUUGCUCUCUGUUUCAAAUGCUUCUUUCCGUAA